CUGUGACGCUGCUCACAGCUUUUUGCUUCUUGACUCAACUCAUCUCAGAAGCUUUGCCACCUUUUUCUUGAUAUUUCAGGGAUAGUGAUAUUGUGUUUUAGAAGAAAUGGAGAACUGAGAAGUUAAGCGACAUAGCCCUCCCUUCCCUCUGCACUGUGCCGGUCCUCUUUUCCUCUCCUUCCCCCCUCCCUCUCUCUACAUAUCCUCCGUCUGGUCUUAGCACUGUGCAGAAGCUGUGGGGAUGAAUGCAGACGGAGACAGAUGGUACAGUAUAGUUAGUGUACUAGGAACUGAGGGUGAAGGAAAGAGUUCUGUGUCUCGCUGGACUGGAAUAGGCUGAGAGAGGAGAGUGCUACCUGGUCAUGGGAUGCUGUAGUGUGACUCAGAGAGGAGCGCAUUCCGGGAUUGACGAUGUGGGCCCUGAUGAGAUCGAGCUCCUGGAGAUUGACAACUCAGGGAUAUGGAGUCUAGGAGAGAGCAGGCUUCAGCUCUCUGUGAGGAAUGGAAAAGAUGGUCCACCRUCUCGCUACCCUUCAGUGAGACACCUCAACCAGGAGGUUGUGCUAUGGGGCAGGAGCAGAGAGGAGCUACACCACAGAAUCUACAACCAGCCCAUCCGUGAUUGGGAGGGCCAACCUACACACAUGUAUGGAGAGAUAGUGCACUCCUCCCUGGUGUCUCUCCACAACAGCUACACACAGGAGACACGUGAACACUAUCUGGUGCUUUUCUCCUUCCACUUGUUGAUCCUAUCUCUGGACCACUCUCACCAUGACUUUAUCUAUGAGGGCAUGCUGCCUCUCUCUGGACUGUCUUUCCAAGCCACCUCACUAGCCUCCAACUCGCAAACCGUGUUCCAGAUCAGUGGUCCAAUGGUGGACUCCAAAGUAUUCACCUGUGCCAGUGCAGCAGAGAUGAACAAAUGGAUACACCACAUGGAGGAGAGGAAAUACAAAUCCAUGAGCCAACUGCUAAGCCCCUCCCACUGUGCACUGUCUUACCUGGUACCCUGCGAUGAGAUCUGGAAGAAAGAGGAACUGAAAACGUAUUUACUGCAAGCCCCAAUUCAGCAGUGGGAAGGGGCCCCCAUCCAGCACAUGGGCCAGCCUGUAUACAUAUCCAUGGUCCACAUCAUCAACACACAGAGACAGGGACUCCAUCAGCAACUUCUGGUACUCUUCCCUCAAGAUGUCCUCCUGCUCUCUGUGGAUAACAAGAGCCUCAGUGUCAUAUAUGAGGGUAGAUUGCCUCGGAAAAGCAUCACAGCAGUGGAGAGGUCAGCAUUACCUGGGAGGCUGGAGUUCGAGUUAGCAGGUGAACUGAUUGAGCCGCUGCAGGUAUCUUGCACCUGUCCUGAAGAAUAUCAGAACUGGAUCUUCCAGCUACAACAGCCGGAAAAAAACCUCCAAGCUACCUCAAACCACCCGGCUCCACCCCUCAUGCCAAAAAAACAGAGGAGCAGAAAGGAGUCCCAGGAACCAAUGAUAAUUGCACAUUAAUGAGACUAACUGACCAAUGGCCUCACAAAAUAGAAGACUCAUGCCUCUUUUCAUCAAUAGACACUAUAUUUGUGGAUAUCAUGUAUACAGGUCCUUUAGAAAGUAUUCAUACCCCUUGACUUAUUCCACAUUUUGUUGUGUUAUAGCCUGAAUUCAAAAUUGAUUAAACAUAUAUUUUUUCCUCACCGAUCUACAUAAAAUAGCUCAUAAUUACAGUGAAAACAUGUUUUUAGAAARGUUUGCCAAUUUACUGGAAAUUAAAUACAGAAAUAUCUCAUUUACAUAAGC